ACACAUUCGAGAUCAUGGUCAAUGAAAAGUGACACUAGUAUACGGGUAUACGUUUACUCUAAUCAGGUCCGUGGACACGUUCUCCAUGCGAUUUUCAGUUCAGGUCCAAAAUGGCGGACGAAGUCGUAUUGGACAUGGGCGCCCGGGAGAAACCUCAGUCUCUGAUGGAGAAGUUUCGCGAGCGUUACAACGACCAAGAAGUUGACAAACGAAUCAAAUUGUCUUCUCAGAGAUGGGUGAGAGGUCUGAUGAUAUUUCAGGCCCCAACACAGCUCUUCAUGUUUCAUUACUACAUCAUCCCGUAUUUGUUUGAAGAUUACGACGAAUGGACACAGUAUUACCUCAAAGUUUUCGUCACGUACACCGCCAUACAGUGCGUUAUAAACUAUCUCUGUACUAUUCUGUACGAUACUAGUAUAACUAACACCAAAGACCGACCGGAUUUGCCCGGACUGACCGACCGCUGGGAAAACCCGCCCGAUCAUUUUGUGCCGCUGUAUAAUAACCAAAACGGAGGCGCUGUUCAGAUGCAAAUGCCGGAAGAGGAUGAUGAAUCCGGAUUUGAAUGGAAAUAUUGUGAAAUCUGUAAAAUCUACAAACCGCCCCGAACUCAUCACUGCAACUUGUGUAAAGUCUGUAUUUUAAAACGUGACCACCAUUGUUACAUGGUGGGGAAUUGUAUCGGCUUUAAAAACCAGAGAUAUUUUGUGGUUUUGGCAUUUUACGUAGCGUUAAUUGGGCUGCUUAGUGGAUAUUUCCAAUAUAGGUACCUACAAGUGUUUUAUUAUCCGGACAGUUCAUCUUGGACCGACUUCAUCCCUCCAGUAGCCUUUUACCGCUGGCUAUUCGGAACUGUGGACACCUUGUCCUUACACGUAUGUAUCAUGAUACUGCACGUGUACCUCGAGUUCCUAUUCGGAUUCAUUGGAUUCAUCUAUUUCAAUUCACAGUUGGCAAUUAUCUCGAAAGGAAAAACACUUUAUGAAAUGACAAAAUUUAUUCCUGUUCGAAACUUAAACAGUAUUAAUCGUAAUUUUCGUUCUGUUUUUGGGGAUUUUUGGGCUUUGAACUUCUUUUUCCCGAUGCAGUUAAUAUUCCGCCAAAGGGACGAUGGUAAAUCCUGGGAAGGCAUCAAACUCGAUCAUAACGCAAAUCUACAAGCGAAAACGAACUGAAAGUGCGACAGUCUCCAGGGGUUGUUUAUUUUGUAAAAUUGACCAAGGAAUAAUUAUUCUACAAGACAAUAAAAAGUAUUUAUGGUUAUGA